AUGAGAGCUGCACGAGUUCGACCUACAUCCCCCGAAGGAACGCCUUAUGGUUUCCCUGGAAAUGUGGCUCCCUCUUCAGCCAUUGAAAUACACGACGACGUCCCCAAACCACAGAUAUCAAAGCCUGGCGAACUACUGAUUCAGGUGAAAGCCUCUACUGUGUACAAGGACAAUCUCGAGUGGAACGAAUUGUACCCCCCCAGCCACGCUACCUUGGGAAAUGACUUUUCUGGCAUAGUCGUAGCCGUACACGAUAGCGAGCAAGACUUUUGCGUCGGUGACCAUGUGUACGGUAUGACGCACGCUAAUCGGGGGGGUACAUGGGCGGAAUACGCCAUAGUCAUGACGGAAGAAGCAGUCAAGAAGCCGGACAAUCUGUCGUGGGAGGAGGCUGCAGCGAUUCCCGGGAGUGCUCUCACGGCUGAUCAGGCCUUGUUCAGACAUGUUGGACUCGAGACGGCAGCGCAGAACGGACAAAAGAGGGUUAUGAUUACCGGGGCCGGCGGUGGCAUUGGCACGUUUCUCGUGCAGUUUGCCGUUCUAGCUGGACAUCACGUCGUGGCGGCGUCCAGCUCGAACGAGCGAAACGAGUCAUUCUUGCGCUCCAUUGGCGCUCAUGAAGUGGUUGAAUAUAAGGAAUUCGGCACUUUGAACAAGGUCGACGUGGUUGUUGAUUCUGUUGGGUUCCAGGUUCUCGCGGACUGCUGGAGUGUUCUUAAGCCAGACGGUACCCUCUUGUCCUUUGAUGCGUGCAGCUGGGGGUAUAGAGAAGAACACAGACAGAAAGGAAUCAGCAAUGGAAAAGAGGGCAUUCGGGCACUGUACAUGAUUGCCGAGCCUGCGAGGGAAAGUAUGGCGCGCAUCACGGAACACGUUGCGAAGGGAAGUAUAAAAGGGCGCGUAUCGAAAUCGGUGUUGUUGAAGGACGUGCGGGAAGCGUAUGAAUCUGCUCAUUCUAGAGACCUAGGACACGGCAAGAUUGUGGUGUUGAUCUGA